AUGUGGAUGCCUCCGCAAUACCUCAAUCCUCAAAUGCAAUAAAUCUACAACCAAUAGAUGCAAAAUCUUAUUAACUAAGCCAAUCCUACAUAAUAGCAGCUGCAAUAAUAGUAUUAAUAAUAACAGCCUUUUAUGAAUCCAUAGCAUAGGCAAAUAAACUCUGAAUAGAUGUUCACGCACUCCUAGUUUUCGCCAAAUUUAAACAUCUCUCUAUAUAAUAACAAUAUGAUGUCAGAUGGACAGCAGUAAAAUAAUCCAUUAUAGCAGCAGUAGCAUACAUCUCAUCCUUAAUACACAUACCCACCAAAAAUGAGACCAUUUCAAACUGUGGCUGGUAACUCUCUGAGGAAAAGCAUGACUAUGUAAAAUUUCGAUGGGAUAAUAAAUUAGGGGACGACCAAUACGGAGCAGUCAGAUUACGAAGAUCCCACUGGCUACUUUAACUACGUGCCUCCAGCUUAGGAUUGGACCUAGAUGAAUUAGCCUUUGCUAGGAGUGUAAUAAAGAAAAUCUAAACCUGCAAUUAAUCAAAACCAGAAAAGAUAAAGAAACCUCAAGCAGCGAUUGUUUAAGAUUUUUUUGAAAGAAUAGGAUAACUUAACUAAAUAAAGUGACAGUGAAUCUCAGAACAGUCAAUAGCUUUAGAACACCCCUUAGGCUCUUUUGAAAAAGGCACAGGAAUAGCAUCAAUAAAAGGAGAAAGAAAGAGAUAAGGAAGGCAGCAUGAAGUCAAGUGAGGGUUCCUCUGGCUUUAAGCUUGGGAUGAAAAAGGUAAACUCAUAUUAGGAAAUGAGUUACCUUAGCAUUCCUGGGCAAAUUUAAUCUCAGCAGCAAGUUAACCAGAAUCUCUCUAGUGGAAAUAUUAUUGAUACUAAUAGCAACCUGUCCAAUAAUCUGGCUACAUUAUCAGCUGUUCCUGUGAAGACUCUUAAAUCUUAGAAUGAUGAUAAAGCUAAAAAAGACACGAUUCAUGACUUACUGAGUAAGAGUGUUAUAGAAGGUGAUGAUGGUGAAGAUGAUAUGUUUUAAUUUGAUGAUGGAGAGGAAGAAAAGAAGAAGAAUUAGGAUGAUGAUAAUAAAAAUGACAGUCUGGAGGGAAAGCCCUUGUAUAUGGGCAGGCAAAACCAGUACAAAUUCGGAGACAAGCAACUUAUUGGCAAUGAUAAUAAAUUCCUGGGGCAGUCUGAAAAUAAUUUAUUUGAUGACUUGUCGUUUCAGUCUGAAAUAGCAAUGGAUUAUACAAAGGAACUUGGAGAUCUAAAUCUGAAGACUAUAAAGUACAAGAGGCUGAAGAAGAAAAGAUGCAACCCUAUAUUUCCUGACUCUAACUUCAAAACUGGGUGGGAUCUUACAGGGCUGUUUUUAAUUCUUUAUGAAGCUAUAUUAAUACCCUAUAGAGUAGCAUUCAAUAUACCUUCUUCUGGAUGGUUCUCAAUGUUUGAGUACUCAAUAGAUUUGUUCUUCUUGACUGAUAUUUUGAUCAAUAUGUACACUGGAUACUACAAGAAAGGAUUCUUGGUAAUGCGAAGAAGGCACGUGAUGUGGCGCUAUCUCAAAACAUGGUUCUUUUUGGAUUUGAUUGCCUCAUUCCCCUAUGCUUGGUUUAUCUCUGAAGCCACAAACUAAAACUUAGAUGAAUUGGAGGAAGAGUAUGCAGAUGAGGAUUGGCAGAGUAGAGGGACAAAUCAGACUGUGUCGUUGCUGCCUUAAACAGCCUAACUCCUGAGACUGCUUAAGAUAAUCAGAUUUCUGCGCAUAAUCAGACUUAUCAGAUUAUUCAAACUUCGACGAUUGUUUGAGGAGUUCUUCUUCAAUGAUAAGAUUUCGACAUUCAUGGAGGUACUUAAGAUCUUUCUUGUCUUGUUCUUUUUGGUGCACUGGACUGGCUGCAUCUUCUUUUUCAUUGGAGAUAUAGAAAGAAGGAUGGAUAUUGAGCCGAAUUGGGUAGAGAAGUUUAAACUUGAUAAGGGAAAAGACCCAAUCCAUCUCUAUGUUAUAGCUACUUCGUGGGCUCUUACUACAAUGACUACUGUAGGCUAUGGAGAUGUGUAUCCUGUCUCACCAGUGGAGUAGGUGUUUGCAACAGUUUGCAUGAUUGUAGCUUGUGGUUUCUUUGCGUAUUUAGUCGGUUCAAUAUUCGCUAUCAUUGACAAGACUGCAACACUGAUAACAGAUUUUUAGGAUAAGAUGAUAUCAAUAAAUGAUUUCAUGAUACACAAUCACAUUCCGAGAGAUUUUAGGACUAAAGAUAAUAAAAAAGAGUUCAAGUUAGAGGAAGAGGAUGUGCUUGAUAUGCUAAAUGAGAAUCUGAGGUUAGAGAUGAUAGUCCAUUUGAAUGGUAAAAUGCUGCAUUCUACAUCUAUAUUCAAAAGCUUCAACAUAGCCUUCAUAAGUGAACUAACCUUUGUCCUCAAAAGAGAGACUUUCACAAUCGAUGAAAAUAUCUUUAUUGUAAACUCACUUCAAUAAUAUCAUGUGAUUUAGGAAGGAGACAUAGGUGAUUCUCUCUAUUAUAUGUGCUCGGGCAAUGUAUCUCUUAUUCACAAGAGGACUCUUUCAUUUAUCAAGGAUCUUGGUGGAGAUGACUUCUUUGGAGAAUGUGCUUUCUUCUCUCAGAAGCUUAGAAAAGCUACCAUCAGAUCUAAGAAUUUUACAGAGGUAAUUAAGCUUGUGAGAUCGGAUUUCAUGGAGCAAGCAGACUAAUUUCCACGGGUUAUUCAGACUUUUGAGAUGAUAAAGUAAGAGAUUAACUAAUAUAAUGAUUACACUUCAAUUGGCGUCACCUGCUACAUCUGUGAAGAGAAGGGCCAUAUUGCUACUGACUGCAAAGAUUUCAGCAUUAUUAAAGGUAGCCUGAAAGCUCUAGCCAAGAAGAAAUUCUUUAUUGCUCCAGAACCAAUAAAUAAAAGUGCAGAUGCUAUUUCAUAGAGUUAAAAACUAAUUGAAGCUAGAAAGUUUGGUUCAAUUAGAUUUAAAGAAGAUUAUUUUGAUAAACAGAUGAGUCAGAGUUUGGCUCACAGUGGAAGUGGAAGUAACCCACUUGGCACAGUUAGUGGCAGUCUUAGUGAUUCAUAAUCCUUUGCUAGAAUCAGUAUUGCAUUAGGUGGUAACAAUGGAGGCGGGUCAAAUGAAUCUCCUGAUGAAAGAGUUAGGUCCUCAAUCAGUCAAAGACCUUCAGCUAGGCAGUCUAUGGUUAGAUUGACUGAACAUGAUGAAAAGGAUUUUUUUAAAAGACUGUUGCUAGAAACUGAACUUGAAAGAGCUGCUAUGUCGAGUAGGGAACCAAAGGAUAGAAAGCUCAAUCGAAGCAGAAGAAAGGACUAUGCCAAUAAAGAGGAUAUAGAAGAAAUCAAGGAAGAAAAUGAUGAGGAUGAAAGCUUUAGGAGUACUAUGAUCAAGAAGUUAAAAAGAAAGAAUUAGAGACAGUCAAUAAGAAUGAGUAAGCCUUAAGUGAAAAAAACCUACAGAGAGCCUAUUGAUACAAGUGAUAAAGAAUCACAAAGUAGAGAGUCUGAUCAUAGAAAGCAUUCAGUCACUUCAUUCAGAGAUUUGCUCAAUAAGGAUUCAGGAGGCACUUGGAAUUAAAAGACAAUGAAAGCAUAAGACUAGAUGGAUCUCCUAGAAUUUAUCAAGCUAGCCAGGAAAAGUGAAAUUAAACUGUCUCCAGAAUAAUUCCUGAGGAAGCAGAGGUCACUGCAAAACAGCAAUAAAUCCAGAAACACCAGCAGACAUACGAAAGGUGUUAAUGAGCUAACAAGAUAGACGAAUGAAGACAGAGCUUUUCUGAUAAGAAGAAGGAGAAGAAGCAUAAAUGAGGAUGAGGAGGAAGAUAGCUUAAUCAGAGUUGGUGAGCGUAGGACCACUAAGAAGUCUUUGAUAAGAAGAAAGCGAGUGGACAAAUUCAACAUCUCAGAGAAGUUCUUUGAAGGCAUCAACAUUGACAAGAAGCCUGGUGGAAAUUUUAGAGAUCUAAUGAGCAAUUCAAUCAAGUUUUAAAAGCGUGAGGCGCCAUCCCAUAGAACACAUGUGGUAAGAAACUCAAAGCAGAGUAAUGCAGUUAUUAAGAAAAAAGAUCAGACUGAGAGAAUGACUCUGAGAUUACCAGAGGAUGCAUAGGAUCCAAAACAGUUAAACGAGGAAGAUAUUAUGCUGGAGUCAGUUGAGGAUCUGAUUCAUAAAAUAAGGUUUGAAGAAGAUAGAUACGGUGGGGCUUAGUCACCUGCCUACAGGAAGUAAAACUCUAAAAGAGGUAGAAGAUAAAGAGAUUGA